CAGCUGUGCUGCCGAUGGAAGUGCUCCGGUCUGGCGGAUGAAGCUGGUACACACACCAUGUCAUCAUGUGUCUCUAGCCAGCCCACUAGCGACCGGGUGGCCCCCCAGGAUGAGCUGGGAAGCGGGGGUGGCAACCGGGAAAGCCAGAAGCCCUGUGAAGCCCUGCGGGGACUCUCAUCCUUAAGCAUCCACUUGGGCAUGGAAUCCUUCAUUGUGGUCACGGAGUGUGAGCCAGGCCAGGGUGUGGACCUCAGCCUGGCCCGGGACCAGCCUCUGGAGGCUGAUGACCAGGAACUGCCCCUUGAUGCCUCAGAAUCCGAGGCACGGCCCCUACUUUCUGGUCGUAAGAUGUCCCUGCAGGAGCGAUCCCAGGCUGGGCCGGCACCUGGCAGCAGCCUGGACAUGAAUGGACGCUGUAUCUGCCCAUCCCUGUCCUACUCGCCAUCCAGUUCCCCACAGACCUCCCCGCGGAUGCCCCGGCGGCCCACGGUGGAGUCACACCACGUCUCCAUCACAGGUUUGCAGGACUGCGUGCAGCUGAAUCAGUAUACACUGAAGGAUGAGAUUGGAAAGGGCUCCUACGGUGUGGUCAAGCUGGCCUACAAUGAAAAUGACAGUACGUACUAUGCGAUGAAAGUGCUGUCCAAAAAGAAGCUGAUCCGGCAGGCUGGCUUUCCACGUCGCCCCCCACCCCGAGGGACUCGCCCAGCUCCAGGGGGCUGCAUCCAGCCCAGGGGUCCCAUCGAGCAGGUGUACCAGGAGAUCGCCAUCCUCAAGAAGCUGGACCACCCCAACGUAGUGAAGCUGGUGGAGGUCCUGGAUGACCCCAACGAGGACCAUCUGUACAUGGUGUUUGAAUUGGUCAACCAAGGGCCUGUGAUGGAAGUGCCCACUCUCAAGCCACUAUCUGAAGACCAGGCCCGAUUCUACUUCCAGGACCUGAUCAAAGGCAUUGAGUACUUACACUACCAGAAAAUCAUCCACCGGGACAUCAAACCUUCCAACCUCCUGGUGGGAGAGGACGGACACAUCAAGAUAGCCGACUUCGGUGUGAGCAAUGAGUUCAAGGGCAGUGAUGCCUUGCUCUCCAACACCGUGGGCACACCUGCCUUCAUGGCACCUGAGUCGCUCUCAGAGACCCGCAAGAUCUUCUCUGGGAAGGCCUUGGAUGUUUGGGCCAUGGGUGUGACUCUGUACUGCUUUGUCUUUGGCCAGUGCCCAUUCAUGGAUGAGCGGAUCAUGUGUUUGCACAGUAAGAUCAAGAGCCAGGCCCUGGAGUUUCCAGACCAGCCUGAUAUAGCUGAAGACUUGAAAGAUCUGAUCACCCGAAUGCUAGACAAGAACCCAGAGUCUAGGAUUGUGGUGCCCGAGAUCAAGCUGCACCCUUGGGUCACGAGGCACGGGGCCGAACCAUUGCCAUCGGAGGACGAGAACUGCACACUGGUCGAGGUGACCGAAGAGGAGGUCGAGAAUUCAGUCAAACACAUUCCCAGCCUGGCGACUGUGAUCCUAGUGAAGACCAUGAUUCGGAAACGCUCCUUCGGGAACCCAUUUGAGGGCAGCCGGCGGGAGGAACGUUCCUUGUCAGCACCUGGAAACCUGCUCACCAAAAAACCAACCAGGGAAUGGGAGCCCUUGUCUGAGCCCAAGGAAACAAGGCAGCGAAGACAGCCUACGGGGCCCCGAGCCAACCCCUGUGGGGGAGGAGGAAGUACUCUUGUGAAAGGUGGUCCCUGCGUGGAAAGUUGGGGAGCUCCGGCCCCUGGCUCCCCACCACGCAUGCCUCCACUGCAGCCUGAGGAGGCGGCGAUGGAGCUGGAGUAACUGCCUGGAUCACCCGACCUCGCAUGCCUGGCUGUGUGGCCCUGCACGGGUCUGCUGCACCCUGCGUUUCCAUAGCAGCAUGUCCUACGGAAACCAAGCACGUGUGUAGAGCCUUGACCGUCAUCUCUGGUUAUCCAGGUUGUUUGUGUGUUUGUUUUGGGAUUUUUGGGGGGGGUGUGUGUGUGCGUGCGUGUAUGUGUUUGUGUGUGUAUGUGGUUUUUCUUUUUUUUUUUCUCCUUUGUUGUCUAAGGGGACAAAGAAAAAAAAAAGGACAUGACUCCAUGACGUCGAUUUUGGCUGCUGGUUGGCCGGACCGGCGGGUGAGGAGUUGCAAACCAACAUGCAUUUGGGGACAAUUGCUUUUUAAAACAUUUUAUGCCAAAACAAAAAAAAACCUUCAUUGAGAAUUCAGAACCAUGUCGGAUGUACCAAGUGAAUGUGUGUGGGGUUUGAGCUGCGUGGAGAAUCAGGUGGAGAAACUCCUGCUGGCUGGGGCGGCACUUGAGAGGGAGUGGAAGGUUCAGCGUGACCCUUCCGGGACUAUGGGAGAACAGGGCCGGCCUCAGGAGCUGCAGGGAACUUCAGUGUGAUUUAUUUGUAAUGAGGACUUUUUAAUUUUUUUUUUUAUGGAUAAAAUUCUAGUCAGGAAAGCUAAAAGGGCUUGCAGUUGAAGUGCUUGAGGGGGUUCUGCUACCCUGAAAGAGCCCUCGGCAGCUGUGGUGGCAAAGGCUCGUCUAGAGAACUGAACAUUCCUUCACAUUCGCUGCUCGCGGUGGGUCUCUGAGGUUAUCAGCUCAGCUCAUUUUCUUUGUAAACUGGCAAAGACCUCAGGGUGAAGGCCUGCACUUUCAUGUACAUUACAUGGCUUAGACUCUGCAGAUGUUCCCAUGUCUCUAACUAGCCUGGACUCUGGAGACAUCACAGGUUACAUAUUGGAGCUUCCAGGGUCUGUCACCUUCCGCCAUGCCAUUGUGUGAUGGGGACUGAGCGCCAACGAAACCUGUGCCUGUAUAUUAGCAGCUUUGCUUGUUUGUUACCUGUGUAUUCUAGAGACUGUAAGGUUUCUCCUCUCUUAAAUACUGUCUGGUUGACACAGUCAAGGAAACAUCACUUUCCCGUGGGCCACUUUCCUGUGGGCAAUACUGUCACUCAGCUUAGGCACAGAUGGCUAUCCUUAGGAUCAGAGCUUUAGUGUGACCCACACAGUGACAUCAGGGAGCCAUUGUACAGAAAAGCGUCAAAACCCAGAACGUUCCUCAGGGCAAAGGACGUUUUUUUGUUUUGUUUUGUUGUUUUGUUUUGUUUUCUUUUUUUUUUUUUUUUGUGGCCAGAGGCCUAGAGAGUAAACAUAGACCUUUUUGACUUCCAGCCAAUAUUGGAAGUUUGAUAGAGGUUUGGGUGAGUACCCAGGGCCGCAGAGGAAACCAUGACGUUUAAGGGGCCUUCCAGACUCUGCUUUUCAUGUUUUGGAACGAUCUGGUAAUGAUUGUCUUGUCAGUAACCGGGCUCAGAAGACUGCUUUCUGGGAGUCUCUGUCUGGUGAGCGGCCGUGCAGGCCGUCCUGCAGAGGCCGGAGCGAGGCCUGUCCCCACUGCCUGGACACAUGCAGAGCCCAGGCGUUCCUGGCGUCCAGAGGUUUUCUUAAGCUCUCGACUGUAGUAUGGCCAGGCCUUUCUUGUUGUCACAUAAGCAAUUAGAAUUAGAGCAAAGACUCCAGGGUGGGUGGGGUGGGUGGCUGACCCUCUCACCGCUUGCAUUGUCUCUGUGACCAAGGACUUCCUAUCAGUUUCCCUCUUUUAAAUUUAAGGAGAAAUAACCCAGUAGCUUUAACCCUUCUGGCCACAGAUGGGGUUCCCCUAGUUUGCAAUAAGCACCUUGUGGUAGUUAAAGCUAACAGGCCCUGAGGCUCAGUCCCAGCCUGUCUGCCUGGACUCUGGCUUGGCCUAAUGGCCGCCUGGGAGGACAGGCAUUGUGUGGAGCUCUCCAGAACUCUUCUUGUGUUUACACAGCCCUACUGGGCAAUGCCCUUUCUCCCGCCAGGGAACUUCCCUUCCGAGGUGUCGGAAAUGGGUUGCCGGCAGUCAGGCAGCACCGGGGUUGAGAGGUCCACAUUGGGUAACUUUUUUCUUAAACAAUGAAACACCAAAGAAAGCUGUGGAAAGGAGCGCCCCUCUCGCUCCCAUCCUGCCUUGCUGCCUGCCGUGGAAAAUGUAAGAAAGAGGUCUGGCCAUGACUGGAGCACUAGAGCACAAACAUUGUUUUCAAAAGCGUUGUCAGGCUGCCUGGCAACUUUUGUGUGGGCAGAUACAAUGCCUGCACUUCCUUCUGUGCUGGUUCAUCCAUGGUUAAUAUAUAGGCAACCCUGGCCCGCACCUACGCCUUGAAGGAAGCACAAGUCCUCCCCCCUUUUUCUCUGUCUUUUCUGCCUCCCCCAUCCAUCCCGCAGGCUACCAGUGGCCCCUAGACACCUUACAGAGCCCCUCGUCACUUAGGGCUACAGAGGCCAGCUCCCUACUGGUCUGGCCUUUCCAGGGACAGAGCUCUUGUCCCCGAACCUUCCUAGAAUGAGAACAUUUGUACCAGUUGACACCAGGUUAGGCCCGUGCCCUCGCCCAUCUUCCUGAGGGCAUCUUUACAUUGCCAGUGCAGAGCCAGAGCCUCCAUUGCUCCCAAGGUGCUAGGGAAGAUUGCUGGUCCCCUCUUCUCCAGCUUCGUGAGCUGAGUGUCAUGGGACUUUGGACUUUUCCGUUUGGUGACUGAUGGCCUCUGCUUCUGUUUGAUUGCCCCGGACCCUCUCUACUAUGCAUUUUCCUUUUAUCAGGUGUACAGAGUUAAAUACUGUGUAUUUAUCACUUACAAGUACAUGAACUGAAGAGAAAAGACAAGCUUGCGGUUGUUUUCCCACAGGUGAUUAAGCUUCUCUGUAAACUUGAAAUAAACAGACAGCAAAAUGGUGCAAAG